AUGGAAGAAAACAUCCACGUAUUCACAACUUGCGAUUAUGCUAAAGAAAUCUGGGCAGCAGCGACAAUAGCUCGGCCACAGGGUGACUUCGCAGAUAUAAAAGAAUGGCUCCUACGUUCGGUAUCCGUGACAAGCAAGGAAGGGUUUGCAAAAAUAAUGAUGCUGAUAUGGGGAAUCUGGAAAAAUCGAAACACCCAGGUGUGGGAAGGAAAAAAACAACAUCCUCGUGAUGUUGUAUUGAUGACUAUGAGCUGGCUAGAGGACUUCCUGAAAGCAAAUAACAAUGAACAUCCUCAUAGGGACAGAACCAAACGUUGGGAGAAGCCCCCUGAGACCUGGUUGAAAUGCAAUGUAGAUGGUGCCUUUAUAGCACAGGUGGGACUAAGUGGAGCUGGCAUGGUAUUCAGAGACGAUAGAGGCCAGUUUCGAGCAGCAGCUAUGAGACCUUUAUCAGCAAUUACCACACCUUUCCAUGCCGAACUGCAGGCCAUGCAUGAAGCCGCUCAAAUGGCAGCUGGAAUGAACUACCAAAAAGUCAUUUUUGAGACUGACUGUUCUACGCUGGCAGCUGCACUAAAUCAAGAAGAACGAGAUUGCUCUUUGCAUGGUUUCCUGAUAGACGAUGUCAAAGAUUUCAUGCACCAACAUGGGGAGUAUAUAAUCAUCUACGCUCCACGUGAGACCAACAAGAUAGCCCACAACUUAGCUAGUAAAGCUUUCUUUUACCUAUGUAUAGGUGCAGCGCCUCCAAUUCCUUCUCCACGACUCUUAGGGUGCAGCAGAUUGGCCUUCAUCUCUGUUCGGGUUUUCUCCACUCCCAACACAAAGUUGCAGACCCAUAAUUCCUCGCAAACCAAUCUCUCUUCCUCUCACUUUAAAGCUUUUCUUUUCUGCUUCAGGUUUGUUCUCUUCCCGAAUAUUCUCAGAUUCGUUUUCCGUUUCCGUCUUCAGGUGUCUGUCAUUCAGUCCUGCUCCCAAAGUAUCAAUAAGGUGUUACAAGCUUUGCAGCAGAAGUUCCCAGCCGCGUCAAAGACUCAGUUAAGGAUAAGUAGACCUGGGUCUGAACCUAAGCGGUACUCUAUUAUCCCUUUAUGCAAGAUCUGCUGGAGUAGCGUGAUAACAGAGCACAUCCAAGGCAUUUUGAACUCUUUGUACUCAUUUCACUGGAGCUUGACUAGAGAUUGGGAGUUGAGGGGAUCCAAAAUGAAUAGAGAGUGGAUUCAUUCUAAAAACAAACUCAGCCAAGAAUACAAGGAUGGUAUUCAGUCUUUCAUUGAUAUUGCAAAACAUCAUUUGGAUGCAAAUAAUGAGACAUUAUGUCCUUGUGUUAAGUGUCAGAAUUAUGAACCACAUUCUCUUUCAGUUAUAAGAUACCAUUUAGCUAAGAAUGGGAUGGCAGUGACUUAUGAGACAUGGACUGAACAUGGAGAAACAAAGGUACCGCAAAUGGAUGUCGAUCAAGAGGAGCGUGGACCAAAUGAUGAUGUGUUUGAUAUUUUGAAUGAUGUAUUCCCACAAGAAAAUCGAAUGGAUCAAGAUUUAGAGGGGGAUGAUGAUUCAUUGGGAAGUAGUCAAGAACAUGCUGAGGUGGACGAUGGGUCCAAUAUGCAUAGGGUAGAAGCUGAUAAGUAUGAAAAAUUGCUUGCUGAAGCUGAAAGAGAGUUCUUCCCUGGUUCCUAAUUUAGUGUUUUAACGGCUAUGGUAAAGCUGAUGCAUUGCAAAGUCCUCAAUCAUUGGACUAAUAAGUCUUUUGAUAUGCUCUGGAUUAUUCAAUGUCGGAUGCUCUGGGAAUUCUCCUUUUUUUUUUUUUACAUGGUUUAAAUUUCAAUUGGAUCGAUAUGUGGCUAGGAGCAUGAAGGUUAAUUAUGUGGUAGGCUCCUACCUUGAUCCCCUUAUAGUUAAGGUAUACUAAUCAGACACAUGUUCAAGGAUAGUCCAUAUGCCUCUGGUUCUCCAUCAAAAGCCGUCUGCAUUAUUGAUCUUAAUUUGUUACAGAUAUUAUUUAUAGUUGAAGACUUGUGAAGCAUAUUAUGAAAGUGUUCAAUUUGUUAAUGUUUGUUGGAUUUGAAAAAAGAGUUGAUGUUAGGCUCUGUUUAUUACUAAUAAAUUCAAAUUUUUGGUAAAAACAAA